GGUAAUUACAUCAAAGAUCUCAACAUUUUGGGCAGAGAUUUGUCCAAAACUAUUAUUAUCGAUAACUCUCCGCAGGCUUUUGGAUAUCAAUUGGAGAACGGGAUUCCAAUCGAGAGCUGGUUUGUCGACAAAUCUGAUUCAGAAUUACUUAAACUCUUACCCUUCUUGGAAAAUCUGGUCUCAUCGAAAGGGGACGUAAGGCCUCACAUAUGCAAUAAAUACCACCAGUCAUGCCAUCAAUUGCCACCAAUGGAUUGAUUUGAAUUUGCAAUUAUUUACUUUCCAUAUAUUGUUUUUGCUUUAUUACUAUUAUUGCUUUUAAUACCGGUUUAAUUGUUUGUUAUAUUAAGUGCAUUACAACUAAUGAUAUUACUAUUAAUGAAUCUACUUUAUAGGAC